AUGGCGUCUGAGCCCGAUGCGCCGAAGCCUGCGGAAACCGAGAAGCCCGGUGAUGGCGCCCCCUCUGAGCUGCGCGGCUCCGAGCUCCAGGAGCCUGAGUACUCGGUUGAGGUUAAACUGAGCGACCAGCAAGCCGAUCCUAAUAACCCAUUGUACUCGGUCACCAACUUUGAGGAUCUCGGCCUCAACCUCGUCGGCCAGUCGCAGUCUGGUACCGGCAAGACCGCGGCCUUUACUCUCAACAUCCUUAGCCGACUGGAUCUCUCGUCAGAGCAGUCGCAGAAAACGCCCCAGGCUCUGAUCCUCGCCCCCACACGUGAGCUGGCACGCCAGAUUGUCGGUGUCAUUCAGGUCAUGGGCCAAUUCCUCGACGGCCUCAUCAUUGGGACUGCUGUCCCCGCCGAUAGUGCUACGCGUCCGACUCAGAUGGCUUGCUCGGUUGUUGUCGGUACACCUGGUACGGUGCAGGACAUGAUCAAGAAGCGCAUCAUGAACGCCAGCCAAUUGAAGGUGCUUGUCCUGGAUGAGGCCGACAACAUGCUUGACCAGCAGGGUCUGGGUGACCAGUGUAUCCGUGUCAAGGCCAUGCUUCCCCGAACCAUUCAAGUCGUUCUCUUUUCCGCCACUUUCCCCACCCACGUCCACCGAUAUGCGGGCAAGUUCGCGCCGGAAGCGAACGAGAUCACCCUCAAGCACGAGGAGUUGACAGUUGAGGGUAUCAAACAGCUCUACAUGGAUUGCAACAACGAUGAGGAAAAGUAUCGCAACCUGGUGCAGCUCUACGGACUUCUCACUGUCGGAUCUUCCAUUAUCUUCGUCAGGACCCGUAACUCCGCUGUGGAGAUCGAGAAGCGGAUGGUUGCUGAAGGCCACACCGUCGCGUCUUUGACCGGUGGCAUCGAGGGCUCGCAGCGUGACGCCGUGAUUGAUGCUUUCCGCAAUGGCGACGCCAAGGUUCUCAUUACCACCAACGUUCUUGCCCGUGGAAUUGACGUGUCGACCGUGUCCCUGGUCGUCAACUACGAUAUCCCCGAGGCCUUCAUCCCCGGCUCCAAGUCCCGUGAACCCGACUAUCAGACUUACCUGCACCGUAUCGGCCGAACGGGCCGUUUCGGCCGCAUUGGAGUCGCCAUCUCCUUCGUCUCAAACCGGGACGAGUGGGAUAUGCUCCGCAAGAUCCAGGAACACUUCGGAUGCAACAUCGACCGAGUGGACACCGACGACUGGGACGAGGUGGAGAAAGUCAUUAAGAAGACGAUCAAGAACCCGCGCUCCCAAGCGAACUAUGUCCAAAUGUCCUAG